CAAGGGAGAUAAUUUAAUUUGUACAAUUCUUAUUGGUAAAACUUGAUGAACAUGAUUAUAAAAAAUUUUUUUUCAUAUAAAUUUUGAAAAAUUUUAGCCUUGUAUUUUUAAGUAUUUUUUACCUUUAAAUGAUUGACAAAAAAAUUAAUUACGCGAUUUUAUAAGGCAUGUUUUAAUAAAUUGAUCCAUUUUAAAAGUUUGUCCAUUUCCUUCACUAAAUAGAAACCGUUAUAUGAGAAUUUGUACUUUUGCUAGCUGAAAAACAAAGUUUAGCUCAAAUGUCAGGAAUUUUCACAUGUUUGUCAAGUUUAAACGACGAUUAGUGAAUUUAAAAUUUUAUGUACACACAUGUACACUUAGAAGAUUUAUCUUGUAUGGCUAAUUUCUUACAGAAAUAUGUAUGCCAAUCUAUUAUGAAUGUAUAAUAGAUUGUUAAAAUCCAUUUAAAAAAUUUUUCCGUUUCCUUUUUUACAAAUCAUUGUAUGAGAAUUGGGCUAUACUUUUUUUGAGCAAGAUAAAUAACAGAGCAUGCAUAGCUCAAAUUUCAAGAACACUUACAUUUUUUUCAAGUUUAAACGUUGAUUGGUAGUGAAUCUGGAAUUUUUGUGUAAGGACAUAAAUAUUUAUUUAAAAGAUGAUGGAGCUGCCCGAUGAAUUCUUAUAGAAAAUAUACUAUUUAAUAACAAAUUUAAUUUAAAAGGUUUGAUGAAUUUGGAUUUGCAAAUAUAUAUGCAAAUGCGUUAUAUAAUAUGCAAAAUGAUUUAAAAAUAAAUUUAAAACAUUAGUCCAUUUCCUUCCUUACAUUACAAAUCGUUAUUUGGGAAAAUUAUUGCUUUUGUGAGCUGGAGAAAAAAACGAGUUUAGCUCAAAUUUCAGGAAUAUUUACAUUUUUAUUUUCUUUCAAGAUUAAAUGUCGAUUAGUGACUUUGGAAUUUGUGUGUAAAUACAUAACUUUAAUUUAAAAGAUUUGAAGAAUUUGGCACGGAAAUAUAUAUGCAAAUGCAUUAUGUAAUAUGCAAAUUUAUUUAAAAACUAAUUUUAAACAUUUGUCCAUUUCCUUCCUGACAAAUCGUUAUAUGAGAAAUUAUACUUUUUGUGAGCUGGAAAAACAAAAUUUAGCUCAAAUUUCAGGAAUAUUUAUAUUUUGGUCAGUGUAAACGUCGAUUCGUGAAUUUGUAAUUUUUUGUGUAAAAAUAUACUGAAAAGGUGUACCUGCGGUAUUCAUGAAUUUCUUACAAAAAUACGUAUGCAAAUGUAUCAUGGAUAUUUGCUUGUGGGUUUAUUUACCACACAUUGCUGCAUUAUCCGAUAAUUAAUUCGAUUAAUUAUAUAAACCGCAUUUCCGGUGGUUCCGCACAAACUCCACAAUUUAAUUGUAACUUGGUUUAGUGGACGAGACUAAUUUCAUAUUAAUUUUUUAAUAAAAAUACACUUUUCUACCGACGCUAUAAUAUGCGUACUAAUUUUUUCUUGGUGUGUGGAAUUCUACUUAAAAUCAUAGUCUUAUUAGGACGAGAAUUAUGGGCCGUUGCGUCCGAAAUAUCAAGUAGCGAUGAUGGAAUGUCAUUCCUGUUGACGUAUGGCUACCUGAAGGGGUCCGAUCUCUCCUCAAAAUACGGGAACAAUAUGAGCAUGGCGAUGUCCGAGGGGUUGAAAAGUUUCCAAAAAUUCUACCACCUCCCCGAAUCUGGGGAAUUGGACGAGUCUUCCAUCACGAUGAUGAAUCAACCCCGCUGUUCCAACCCGGAAAGGAUGGACUUGACCCGAAACAUGCAAAUGACCCGGGACAUGUCAACAUCUCGGGGGUGGACGUACUCUCGGUUACGAUAUGCCGUUCAAAAUUUACCGAGACGGUCCUCCGCAAGGCGACAAGGUUUCGAGGAGGAUGUCAAGACAGCUUUUAGAAUUUGGGAACAAGUCGCAAACAUUAGUUUGGUCCAGGUCGGGUGGUGGGAACCCGCCGAAAUUAAAAUCGCCUUCGUGGAAGGUGAGCAUUCCGACAAUAUGCCGUUUGGCGACAGAGCGAUGGGAUUCGCGGUGGCGCAUGCGUUCUUCCCUUCUCGACAAGGGGGUGGAAAUCAUCAUGAAUUAGAGGGCGAUAUCCAUCUUGAUGAUUCAAUUCACUGGAUUUUUACUGGUGACGAGAGCGACAAUAAUAAUAACAACGAUGAGGCAGCAGUCAAUUUUUUGCAUGUUUGUGUCCACGAAAUUGGUCACGCCCUAGGUUUGGAACAUUCCGAGGAAGAGGAUGCCGUCAUGAACAUGCUGAUUCGACCGAGACGCGACCCCAUGAACUUCCACCUGCAUGAAGAUGAUAUCCGUGGCAUACAAAAUCUCUACGGGGCCCGAGAACCAGAAGGGGACCAAUUUAUUUCCGAAUUUGACAACGAGAUUGGUGACGAGGGAGACAUACGUCAUGUUGGGGAUGAAAUUAGUUUGGACAAUUUUAUGCCCCCGCCCCCAACAAAGUUUCUGCACAAAAACAGCCGGAUUUCGGCGUGGAAAAUAAUUCCAUUAAUGAAAAAGAUGCUCCCACCACCACACGUUUUAAAAAUUAUUACCAUCACAGAACAAGUCAGAAACAAGAACAAGGCGACAUUUCAACCAACGACGACUUGUGGUUUAUUAUUAAAAAAUCUUAUAAAAACGAUACAAUGAUUUGGUCUAAGAACAGUAAAUAAAAAAAAUACGAAAUUUCUGAAAUGA